AAGGCCCUUCUGAGUGGAAGGGGGGAAGGUAAACAGAGUUGACUCACUCCCCCGGCUGACCAAUUGGUGGUGUUGGGGUGGGGGGGGGGGCUCACUGGAACCUUUGCGUGAUGGGCUUCUGCGAAAUUGGUCCUGAGCAAGACUGUGCUGGAAGAGACGGGAGCUGUAGGCGCGGGGGGAGUGAGUCAGGCAGUGGGCAAAAGUAUCUCCUGAUAGAGCUCAGGCUGAGGCUUCCACGCCGCCUUUCCUUAUGAGCGGCUGAAGGCGCCGGGAACCCUAAGGAAGGACCCUGAAAGGAAAGGGCGGGAGAGCGACUGGGGUGCGCGAGCUACUGAAUUCCUCAUGUGCUUUUUUUCUUCCUGUGGGGUGGGGGGAAGAAGAGGGAAAACACCCCUUGGUGCUACUUGAAUUACUUGAAGUCACCACUUGUGACACUGUUUUCUGGAGAGAACCUUAUCUUUUCAACCCUUCAGCGUGCUCGGGAGCGCAUGAGAAGCUGGAGUUUGCCGGCGUCUGGGGGGCAGGGGGUGCGAGGAGACAGCGCUGACUGAGGUCAAAAGGUAGGCUGGGUGCCUUUCUCGCUCUCGGGGGAGGGUCACGGAUGGUCGCGGUUAUGUAAAAAGCUCAGCAGCCGAAGUGGCUCCCUUGCCUGGCUGCCGAAGGUACCCCACCCCGCCUCCACCCGUGCUCUGCAGCCUGAAGGCAAGACAACAAGCAGCCUGCUGAUUGCAACACCCCCACCUACCCACCCCCCUCCAAGAGGGAGAGGGAGACGCCAGGCAGUCAGCGAGCAAGUUUUCGCAAUUGGGCUCUCCUCCCUUUUUUGGUGGGAAGGGUGGCUGAUCAUCGCCUGCAGGAUGUCGGCAGUGGCUUACAUGGACUUCGUGGCUGCCCAGUGCCUGGUGUCCAUCUCCAACCGCUCCGUGGCACAGCAAGACGUGACGCGGGAAGCAGAGCUACUGAAGAUGCCCGAGGAAGAAGAGGAAGCGGCCGGAGUCGUGACCAAGGAAAUGAACGACCCCAGGGACGCCUGGAAGGAUUAUUGCACUUUGGUGACCAUUGCCAAAAGCUUGUUGGACCUGAACAAAUACAGACCCCUCCCAACCCCAUCCAUCUGCAGUGACAGUGUGGAAAGCCCCGAUGAGGAUGCGGGAUCAGACAGCGACGUGACCACCGAAUCUGGGUCGAGCCCUUCCCACAGCCCGGUGGAGGGGCAGGAGGCUGGCAGCGUGCCCGACCCCCUCUCCCUCCUGCACAGCGGAGUGCCUGCCAAGGGGAAACUGGCCACUGAAAAAAGACAUAAGUGCCCCUACAGUGGAUGUGGCAAAGUCUAUGGCAAAUCGUCCCAUCUUAAAGCCCAUUACAGAGUGCAUACAGGUGAACGACCAUUCCCUUGCACAUGGCCAGAUUGCCUUAAAAAGUUCUCCCGCUCUGAUGAGCUAACACGGCACUACCGAACCCACACCGGCGAGAAGCAAUUUCGAUGUCCACUCUGUGAGAAGCGGUUCAUGAGGAGUGACCACCUGACAAAGCACGCCCGUCGCCACACUGAGUUCCACCCUAGCAUGAUCAAGCGAUCUAAAAAGGCCAGCUCUGCCUCCUUUUGAAUGACAGACUAGAAUUUGGGAUUGGGUGGGAGGGGACAACCAUUGUUGCAGAGGCAUAACUGAUCAGCACAAAUAUGUCCGCCACUGUACAGUAACUCCCCCUACUUGCAUUUUGAAAGCACAUGUAGCUGGAAGUUUAACAUUUUGUCCCAUCCACCCUGCUAUGCUACCAACAACAGUCUUAAACCAGUGGCUGCCAGGUGGGAGUGGGGAGGGGGGCAGUGUGGGGAUCAGCAGAAAUAAUGCAACUUUUUGUAGUUAAAAGAAUCAACACUGGUGUAUAUAUGUCUGACUGGGUGGUUUGACCUGUGACAACACAAUAGUGAUUCCAAGCUCUUUGUGAUUGCUGUGUCAUGGACAUGUUUUGUUGACUAAUGUAAUGCUGCUUGUAUUUAAAACAAAAACAAAAAAAGUUUAGUAAAACCACUUUCCAACUCACUCAGAUACUUCUCAAUUAAAACUCCAUAGCACAUGUUCAGAAGAAGAUUCACUUCUCUGUCAAUUACCCAUCCUGUUUAAGACUGUUAAGAAAAAAAACCAUUACAUCUGGUGUUAAUAUUUGCUGAUUGGUAUUUUUAAAAAAAAAAAAGAAAAGAAAGAAAUAAGCUGAAAUUUAUACUGAUGAGGACCUGUUCGGUACUCAAUCCAGGUCUUUUCUUUCUUUCUUUUGAAUAUAAGCUGUUCUUUUUUCCACUGAAAACAUGCAGACAUUAAUCCAAUUCAAUAAGAAAAAGGAAAAACAAGAAAUCAGCUCAGAUUGCUUCUGAUGUCACAUGUAUUUUGGCUCCAUUAUUCUAUUGCCAUUUACAAGCAAGAACAACAUCACAAGUCAUUCUAAAGAAUGUGGCAGGAGCUGGAAACUAGGUUUCCUCCCCCAACCCAGUGGUUCCUGUACUUUCAUCUGAAAACCAUAUACUGUACUGUAUUAUAUAAAUACCACUAACAGUGCUUUAUUCUGCUGUAUUUCGUUGGAAUGAAUGCAUAACAGCAGCUACCAUCUUUAUAAGCUACCACUUUUGUAAAGGUUUUUUUCCUUGUGAUGAUCUCUCUCUCAAAGGUGCAUUCUCUACAUCCACUUGCCAGAUUCCUAUGACAGUCGAUGGGAAUUGUGUGUAUAUAUGGAAGAUUUUCCCUCCUACAAACCAUUCCCUAUGCUAAUGGAGACAAGUAAAACUCAUUUUUUAAAAAGUACUUUUCAAGAGACUUCUACCUUUUUCACAAAUUGCAGCUGUUGUACAGAGUAUGAGAAAAACAACAAUACCACAACCACAAAAAAAUGUGGUCAUGAAUAUCUAAUAUGCAGGAGGUGUGUCUUAGUAUGUUUUGUGGCAUGCCACUGUGUACCUUGCAAUCUUUACCCCAUGUGUCAGGCUUGAAACAUUUGAUGAUAUGGCAAUAUUUCAUCUAUUGGGAAAAAAUGAAGGUUUGCUCUUUAAAAGAAGAGCCAAGGUGUCACUGGAGGAAACUUGUUACAUCUAGCCAAGUACUUAUCUUUGUUAAUGUUAAAAGCAUGAACUUUACAAAGGUUGUUAUCAUGGACUUUCCCUCCCCCAUCUCUUGUAAUGGUGGAGAACUAUGUUUACAAACUUUCCCCCUCAGAAACAUUCUACUGAUCUGCUGUUCUUUACUCCUCCUUCACAGAGAAGGCAGGAGCGGUGCAAAUGUCAUAUCCAAGGCUAAAUUCAUCCCUGAGGUAAUCACAUUGCAGCCAGUGGGAUUAUACAAGGAUCAAUUUAACCCAUCUUUGUAAAGAAUCUGUACAUACAAAUCUUGUGAAGUACUCCUGCAAUGACAGUAUCUUCUUGUUUCACCUGAUGAAAAGCUUGCUUCCUAGAAAAAAAAUAAAACAACAUCUCAGAGAGUAGAGUAUUCUACAAUAGUCUGUGGCUUCCAGCACUAGAACUCAGUAUGCAUCUAGCAUUUUUACCUGUUUGGAUCAUUAUAAGAAUUGUGUCUAUGCGAAGAAAAUGGCUUCUAAAUAGAGGUGUUAGGGGCAUUGAACAAUCUGUGGGAUUUCAAACACAAAAAAGGGAUGAGUUUUCUUCAGUGAAGACAUGUCAGGAAACCAAGCACACUUUCUACCUCCGUUUCAGCUUUUUGAAACGUUUGUUUUAUGAUAAACCAAAAUUAAUUUCUGGUGUCCAAAAUAAAUUGUAGGGACAUUUGUUCUUCCUUUUACAAACUAGUAGCCUGGCUAUUUCUAUCGCUAUAGUGUAAUAACUAUUCUGCUUUACCAGUACUGUUAAUGCUGCCUUGUUUGAUAAGGGGUCAGGACCGUGUGGUAGGCCAGCAACUCACAACAAUAGUAUUGUUCUAACUGUCCUCCCCUUCUGUACAAGACCAAUUAUUAAGAGCAUAAACUCUAACAUGAGUCCUACUAAUCCAACAGUUGCUCAAACUUUACUGUUGCUCUGAUGUAGGACAAGUGCAGUAUUAGCUACAUAGAGGCUGGAUGCUGAAUGCUGUUAUUUCACCUUAAUGUCCAACACAAGUCACAGGCACAGGCCACAUCCUUGACAAAUAAUCAGAUCACAUGGGCACAAGAUGCAAAGACAUGGUCGGACAGUGGUUAGGGGAUUUGCCUACUUUACUAGGGUUGUGGGAUCAUGCCUUACUUGAUGUCAUGUUGCAUGGUCACCUCCAGUCCACAUGUAAAUAUAUUGUGAUUGUUUCCAUUGGGAAGUCCAAGAUGUGCAGACACCAUGCUGGCUUCAUUGCUCUUUUGCAUAACGUGGGCUAUAGACAUGGAGAUAGGGCUUUUUUUUUAGCAGGAACGCACAGGAACACAGUUCCGGCUGGCUUGGUGUCACAGGGUGUGGCCUAAUGUUCAAAUGAAUUCCUGUUGGGCUGUUUCUAUAGAAAAGCCCUAUGUGAAACAAUGGUGACAUCAGGGGUGUGGCCAAAUAUGUAAAUGAGUUUCUGCUGGGCUUUUUCUACCAAAAAAACCCUGCAUGGAGAUGAUUAAUCACACCACUAAACAGCUUGGAGUAAUACUUUGCUGUGCCCCUAAAAUGCAUUUCUGCAGACAGUUCAGGCAUCCAAGCUUGAACGCUGUCGGCAGAGUAUAUUUUAAAACAAAAACAUGUUAAUUGUUCCUCUCAACAUUCUCAUGUGCAAAACUUAUCAUAGAAUGUACAAACUUGUAUUUAGAUUUAUCUCUAAGGACUGUUCCAUUUAUAAAAAUAUCCCCCAAACAGCAAUCAAUUAACAUUAGAAUUUGCAAUAUUUUGACAUUAUAGAGAAGUGCACAGGACCAUCCUGCUUAGGGUAGUUACUUGUUACUGCUAAAUUGGUCUUCAGUUUUAGAGAUUAAUGUUUCUGUAUGCCAUUGCUAAUCUCUUCAAUACUGUGUUCUCAACAGUAACAUGCAACAGGUUCUAUUAAGGUUAAAUCAAUUAGAAAACUCAUUCAUUACAACCACCCACUGUGGAAGGGAACAGCAGGUAUUGUAAUGACAGAAGCAGGGUGAUUCUGUGCACCAGGCUCUGGGCCACAGAUUGGCACUGGAUUGCUUUCUCCAUUACUUUAAUAGAUAUGGUUGUGCAUAACCAGAUCUGCAUGUUUGACAACAAUAGUGGGGCUGCAAAACCUGAAUGUCACUUCACUACAAGGUGGUCUAGCAGCAGCUGGAGAUUCCAGGGAUGAAGGUAUGGAUGGGAGAUAUAUAAUCCUUUCCAUAGCCAUUACUUCUUGUCUGAACCUCCCCCACAGCCUUUCCUUGAGCAGAAUCAAGAGGAAGAAAAGUCACUGAGGUAGGCUGGAGGGGGGGUGGGGGUCGGGCAGGGAGAAAUUAGUUACCCUACUGUUUCUCCUUUGCAAAUCCUCCCUGUUGCUCCACAGCAGCAAUGGUUCCCAGCCCCAUUUGCUGAAUAGUAUGUACAUAGAUUCAAAUGUAUACGAAAAUGUGAUAUGAAAAAGGACAACGUACCUACUCAUGCCCCAGAAAAUGCACAUUUAGGCCAAACCUCCAGGACAUAAAAUAGAAGCCUAUUUCUGUGGCUGUGAGCCUCAACAUGCUUACUUGAAGUAAGUUUCAUUGAAAUUAAUGGAACUUGUUUCCAAACAAAUAUGAUAAGUUUCGGGGUAUAUGUCAUGCUUCUUAGGAGUCUUCCAAAAGUAAGCUACCCAGUUUCUUAACCACUAACAAAAAAAAUGGGGAAAAGUUUGUCACUUUGGAGUAAAAGAUAGUGAAUUCCAUGUGCAAACUUUACAAUGUAGUAAAAUCAGUUGUAUUUUUUAACAUAAGGGAAUUUGGGAAGAGAUUAUUGCAAGUGUUGAGAAGAAAAUAAAGUUAUCUGAGUAUCUAUUUGCCACGUUACUCUGGAAAUUUUUAAGAGUGCUGAUGUUAAGACGGCUCCUCUCCUCAGUUCAGAAAGACCUUCCUAGAGAAGCCAUGGCUUUAAACUAUAGCUAUACAACAUCUUUUGUGAACAAUUUUAACAACUUCUAUACAGGUCUCUUUUCCAUUUGCUGAUGAACUUAGCCCAGUAUGCACCAGAUCGGACAUACUCUUCAAAUGCUGUUUUACUGCAGAUUAACUAUCUGUAACAUUGUAAAAUACCAACCUUUACAAGUUUAAUCCAUUUUAUUUUUGUACAGUAUUCGUAUUCUUUCUAAGUUAUUUUGCUGUCCUGUUUUGUAAAUCACAUGAAAUUGUAAAAAACAAAAAAACAAAAAAGUAGUCAUAGGUGUUUUGUAUAUAUGUAUAUAAAUUGUCCAAAUAAUAAAAAAUAAAAAGAAA